AUGCGUGCACGGCGGGUGUAUAAGAGGCGGCGGGCGCCGCGGCGCGCACUCCCGCGACAUGCUGCGGCGCGACUCGGCGCGCGAGCGCGAGCUCGAGCACCGCGCGCUCGACAAGCCGGACGACAAGCAGCCCCGCCCGAGGGCGCGCACGCCCGACGGCGCCGCGGCUGCGCUGCCGAGGGUGCGCUCUCAAAGGCAGAUGGCGAUCGAGCGCGGCGCGGCGGCCGAGGUGGCGCCCACCCCGCGCCCGCCCUCCCCGCCCCCGGGGGCGCGCCCCCCGCCGCCGCCACCACGCGCCUGCUCACGCUCGAGCACGGCGAGCACCACGACUCCACCAUCUACCGGUUCGAGAAGGGCACGACCGUCCGGUUCCGCCCGGGGCCCAGCCUGCUCGGCCGCAAGGUGUUCCUCUACACCAACUACAUCAUCACCGACAGCCAGGAUGAGAAGGCGGAGGUGUCGGAGUUCGUCCGCAACCAGUACUACGCGCUGGAGUGGCGGCGCGAGGAGGAGCAGGGGGGCGCGCGGGAGGAGCUGGGCGCGGGCGCGCUCGUCACCGACACCGACCUCUACGCGGACCUCAGGCUCGCGCGCGCCGGGCCCUUCCACUACUACUUCGUCUAUGACAGCGCGGAGUCGGCGAUCGGGCCGCGCGGGUCGGGCUGGCUGCAGGUGGCGGCGGGCGUGCGCGUAGGCCCGGGCGGGCGCGACGUGCUCCCGGUGGAGGCGCUCGCGUGCCAGACCGUGCUCGCCAAGUGCCUCGGCCCGCUCGCCCGCUGGGAGGACACGCUGCGCGUCGCCAAGGAGAGCGGCUACAACAUGAUACACUUCACGCCCAUACAGGAACUGGGCGCUUCCAACUCGAGCUACAGCCUGGCGGACCAGCUGAAGCUGAACCCGGCGUUCGGCGCGGACGCGUCGUUCGCGGACGUGGACAACCUGCUCACCAAGCUGCGCUGCGAGUGGCGCGUGGCCUCCAUCUGCGACGUGGUGCUCAACCACACCGCCAACGAGACGCCGUGGCUAGCGUUGCACCCCGAGGCGACAUACAACUGCGUGAACGUGCCGCGCCUGCGCGCCGCGGCGCUGCUGGACGCGGCGCUGGCGCGGGUGACGCGCGACGCCGCGCGCGGCGACCUGCUGCCGCGCGGCAUCCCGCCCAAGGUCAACGAGCACGAACAUUUGGAGGCGGUGCGGCACUACCUGGAGUCGGCGGUGCUGCCGGAGCUGCGGCUGCACGAGCUGUACUGCUGCAACGUGCCCGAGCUGCUGCAGCAGUUCUACUGCCUCGCGCGCAACAAGGUGCCGCCGGUGUCGGCGGGCGCGGCGGCCGAGCUGGCGCUGGUGCCGGACCCGCAGCACCGCCGCCUGCACGCCACCGUCGACAUGGACCGCGCGCUGCAGCUGUACAACGUGUACCGCGCGGACUGCUACGACGAGGAGGCGCGCCUGAAGAAGUGCUGCGAGGAGCUGCGGCGGCGGCUCGAGGAGCUGAACGCCGCCGCGCGCGAGGAGCUGCAGGGCCACCUGCGCGCCGCGCUCGACAACUGCGUCGCCGGCAUGAGAUACUUCCGCUUGCAGGCCGACGGGCCUAAAAUAGAAGAAGUCAGCGAGAAGAAUCCCCUGGUGCCGAGGUACUUCACGGCGGCGGGCGAGUGCGGGUCUGCGGCGGAGGCGGAGGCGCUGGUGUUCGGCGACGGCGGCCGCUACGUGAUGGCGCACAACGGCUGGGUCAUGGACGCCGACCCGCUCAUGGACUUCGCGCACUCCUCGCACGUGUACCUGCGCCGCGAGCUCAUCGCCUGGGGCGACAGCGUCAAGCUCAGGUACGGCGACAAGCCGGAGGACAGCCCGUGGCUGUGGGCGCACAUGCGCGAGUACGUGGAGCUCACGGCCGAGCUGUUCGACGGGCUGCGCCUCGACAACUGCCACUCCACGCCGCUGCACGUGGCGGAGUACAUGAUGGACUGCGCCCGCAACGUGAAGCCGGACCUGUUCGUGGCGGCCGAGCUGUUCACCAACUCCGACCACGUCGACAACAUCUUCCUCAACCGCCUCGGCAUCUCCGCGCUCAUCCGGGAGGCGCAGGCGGCGUGGGACUCGCGCGAGCAGGGCCGGCUGCUGCACCGCUUCGGCGGCCGCGCCGUCGGCGCCUUCCGCCGCGCCGCCGUCGACGUCGCUCGCCCCGGCCUCGCUCCCGCCCUGCUGCUCGACCUCACGCACGACAACCCCUCGCCGCUCGAGAAGCGCUCCGUGCACGACGUGCUGCCCACAGCGGCCCUGGUGUCGAUGGCGUUCUGCGCGGCGGGGUCGACGCGCGGGCUGGACGAGCUGGUGCCGCACCACGUGCACGUGGUGGACGAGGCGCGGCUCUACCCCGCGUGGGGCGAGGGCGAGGGCCGCGUGGGCGCCGCCACCGGCCUGCUCGCCGCGCGCAAGGAGCUCAACCUACUGCACUGCCAGCUCGCCCAGCAAGGCUACGACGAGGUGUACGUGGACCAGAUGACGGAGGCGGUGACGGCGGUGACGCGGCACUCGUCGGUGUCGCGGCGCUCGGUGCUGCUGGCGGCGCACACGGCCUUCGCGCCGCCGCAGGGCGACGCGCCGCUCCCGCCGCCGCUGCGCUUCGAGGGCGACCUCGAGGAAAUACUCUUCGAGAUGGAGCUACAACCCAGGAGCGGCGCGGCGUACAGCGCUAGCGCGCGGUACAUCAACGGGCUGGAGCAGUGGACGGCGGCGGUGCGGCGGCGGCCGGCGGCGGACGCGGCGCGCUUCGUGGCGGCGGCGCGGCGCGAGGGCGCGCUCACCGUGCUGGACUGGCGCGCCUUCCCGCCCGGCGCCGUCAUCGCCUUGAGGAUAGCGCCGCGAGCCGCGCAGCGCGCCGCGCUGGACGGCGUGCGCCGCACGCUGGCGCUGUGGGAGGCGGGCGCGCCGGACGCGCUGGGGCUGGAGCGCGCGCUGGCGCCGCUGCAGCUGGCGGACUACAACGCGCUGCUGUUCCGCUGCGACGCCGAGGAGCGCGACGCGGGCGCCGGCGGCGUCUACGACGUGCCCGGCCACGGCCCGCUCGUCUACGCCGGCCUGCAGGGGCUGAUGUCGCUGCUGGAGGAGGUGCGGUCGGAGGACGCGCUGGGGCACGCGGUGUGCGACAACCUGCGCGCCGGCGACUGGCUGCUCGACUACACGUGGCGGCGGCUCUCCUCCCCCGCGCUCGCCGACGUGGCCAGCAGGCUGCGCGAGCUGCUCGCGCCGCUCUCCGACCUGCCCAGGUACCUGGUGCCGACGUACGCGGAGGCGACGCUGCGCGCCGUGCACGCCGCCGUGACGCGCGCCGCUCUAGCGCGCAUGACGCCCGAGGCCCGCUCCGGCGAGGUGGCGCGCGCGCUGGCGCUGUGCAGCGUGCAGCUGCUGGGCGCGGUGCCGAGCGCGACGUUGCCAGCUCUGUCGCCCGCGCUGGCGCCGCCGCGGCCGCCGGGCAGCACGCUGUCGGCGGGGCUGCCGCACUUCGCCGCCGGCUACAUGCGCUGCUGGGGCCGCGACACCUUCAUCGCGCUGCGCGGCGCCGCCAUCCUCACCGGCCGCUACCAGGAGGCGCGCGCGCACAUCCUGGGGUUCGCGGGGUGCCUGCGGCACGGGCUCAUCCCCAACCUGCUGGACGGCGGUCGCAACGCGCGCUACAACUGCCGCGACGCCGUCUGGUGGUGGCUGCACGCCAUCAAACAGUACGUGUGUGAGGCGCCGGCGGGGCUGGCGCUGCUGGCGGAGCCGGUGUCGCGGCUGUUCCCCGCCGACGACGCCGCGCCCGCGCCGCCCGGCGCCGCCGACCAGCCGCUGCACGACGUCAUGCAGGAGGCGCUCGCCGUGCACUUCCAGGGCCUCGUGUUCCGCGAGCGCAACGCCGGCCGGCAGAUCGACGCGCACAUGACGGACAAGGGCUUCAACGUGCAGAUCGGCGUGCAGCCCGACACCGGCUUCCCCUUCGGCGGCAACGACGCUAACUGCGGCACCUGGAUGGACAAGAUGGGCUCCUCCGAGCGCGCCGGCACGCGCGGCCGCCCCGCCACGCCGCGCGACGGCAGCGCCGUGGAGCUGGUGGCGCUCGCCUACAGCGCCGUCAGCUGGCUCGCCGACCUGCACCGCGCCGGCCGCUUCCCGCACGCCGGCGUCGCGCGCCGCCACCCCGACGGCGCGCUCACCUCCUGGACCUACGCGCAGUGGGCCGAGCGCAUCCGCCGCGCCUUCGAGCGCCACUUCUGGGUGCCCCCCGCGCCCUCCGCCCAAGACCUGCGCCCCGACCUCGUGCACCGCCGCGCCAUCUACAAGGACUCGCACGGCGCCUCGCAGCCCUGGGCCGAUUACCAGCUGCGCUGCAACGCCGUCGUCGCCAUGGCCGUCGCGCCCGACCUCUUCGACCCCAAGCACGCGUGGCAGGCCCUGGACACCACCGAGAAGGUGCUGCUCGGCCCGCUCGGCCUGAAGACGCUCGACCCGGCCGACUGGGCGUAUCGGCCCGAGUACGACAACUCCAACGACUCGGACGACCCGAGCGUCGCGCACGGCUUCAACUACCACCAGGGCCCCGAGUGGGCGUGGCCGCUCGGCUUCUACCUGCGCGCGCGGCUCGCGUUCGCGCACGACGCCGGCCGCUGGGCCAAGACGCUCGCCGCCGUGCACGCCGCGCUCGCCGCGCCCGCCGCCGAGCUGCGCCGCUCGCCGUGGCGCGGCCUGCCCGAGCUCACCGGGCCCGGCGGCGCGCCCUGCCGCGACUCCUGCCGCACGCAGGCCUGGUCCAGCGCCUGCCUGCUCGAGCUGCUGCACGAGCUGCGCGCGGCGCGGCGCGCGCGCCCGCUGCCCGCCGACUGACGCCGCCCGCGCCGCCUCCGCCACGCGCCCGCCGCCGCCGCCGAGCGCACCUACGCCGAGCCCUACGAGGCGGCGCCGGGGCCGCGGCCGCGCCGGCCC